AUGGCCUCGAUUAUUGAAAAUCGUAGCACAUACGAAGAAGUACCUGAUCUGGCCAAGAAGUUCAUCAACGAAGCACCGGUCGAGACAGGCCAACGGCCAAAGUCUAAAGUGUCACGGGACACCCUAGUCCGGACCCACCAACGGCAUCUCAAGCUUCUAAGCGAAGAGACCGAGAUGCAGUUCUCCUACUUCGGACUAUUACGUCCCCCCUACGUCUGGUCGUCCACAAUUACCGUUGCAGAAGAUGAGACUGGGGAUGUUGCCAGGCUGACUGUUCGCAACCUCGAAGAUAAUGUCGUUGACCCCAUUGUUACUGAAGAAUCUAUCAUCGCUAUAAGACAGGCCUGUUGGACCAGGUUGGUGGAUGGUGGGUAUCACGUUUGUGUCGACCAUCCUUCGGACCUCGUACUGCUCGAAGCAGAUGACGACCUCGUUCCAGAAUCGUGGAGGAAUGAGAUAGAAUCAAAUCCAAGCAAGGAUGCAGCACAGUGCAAGAAAGACGGCGAUAUGAUGUUUCUGAAGAAGCGCUUCCGUAAGGCUCUGGAGCUAUACACUCAAGGGUUACAACUCAAUUAUACAGACCCGGACCCCGUUUCCGAAAUAGACUUCUACCGCAAGCGCUGCGGUGUCAGCAUAGUUCUCCUACGUCUCGAUGAUGCAGCCAAAGACCUAUCAAAAGCAAUAGCAACGCACGCACGCUCGACACCUGACCUCUCCUCUUCGGAACUUGCAGACGCUUCCGUUAUCGAAGAUUGGCUACAUAACCGCAGCAUCGAAGAUCCACUACAGAUCUCAUCCAAGAUUACCCGCCCCUUGAAAGAGCUGGCAGCCAGGAUCAAAUUUGAUAUCGGCAUCAACCAACCCAGACCUGAUUACAAUCUGCCAGUGAUCUCAUCGUAUGUAGGUCCAUUGACGCUACAUGUUGAUGCUGGGAAUUACAUAUGCGACGCCGAAGUAAGGAAAGCUGGUUCCCAUGGCCGUGGAUUGUUUGCGAAGCGUGACUUCAAGGAAGGAGAUCUGAUCUGUGCUGAGAAAGCCUUCGUACUCCCGGGGUACUUUUUGCAGGAUCGCAGUAGUGACUGCUUACUCUACAGUCUGAGCGAUGGAACAGCUGCACCAAGGCCAGGUGCAUGGCUAUUCAAAGAACUGGUGCAGAAGCUGAGGUGGAACCCUAGCUUACGGAAGGAAUUCUUCGACCUGGAAGAUGGAGGGUACUGGAAGGAGGUCGGAUGGGAUGUAACUGAGGAUGAAGAAAUCCCGGUCGACAUCUUCCGUGUAGAAUACAUUCGCCGCUUCAACUGCUACUCCGCCCCUACCCGUUCGUCAGAUCUUCUCAAUCAGCCACCAGAUUCGAACCCCGAGCUCCGUACUGGCUUCUGGACCCAAGCCUCAUACAUGAACCAUUCGUGUUUGCCGAACACAAUAAGAACUUUCAUCGGCGAUAUCAGAUUUCUUCGCGCUGUGAGGGACAUUGCCGCAGGCGAAGAACUGACGAAUCAAUAUGUUGCGCCGGACAUCGAUAUCACCGAACGGCAGGAGAAGCUCAGGACAAUGUGGGGAUUCGAAUGUGAUUGUCAACUCUGUGGCUUAGACGGUAGCAUCAGCGAGAACCUGCGAAAGGAACGAAUGAAGCAAUUUGAGGAGCUGAAGAGCAUGGUCAUGCAACUAGGCGAGAAAGGCCCGCCCACCAUCACCUCGCUGAAGAAGAUUGCCCGCGCACUUCGGGAGUUGGAAGCGCUGUACUCCCCUUCCAUGUCCGACGAGCUAGGAGGGGAAGACCGUUACGCGACACUACCGCGCCUCGCGCUCGUCCAUCCCACGCUCUUCUUGACAGAAGCAUGGCGCAGUGUCAAGAACGUGGAUCGCACUAUCGAGUACGCACUGAAGCUACUGCGGAACUUUGGCAUCAUCGUCGCGAUCGAAGGUAACGAGUUGAACGUGGAGCACAAAGCUGGCUUGGUCAAUGUGGAAACUGUUCGUGCGCUGAACUAUCUCGCUGAGGCGUACACUUCUCGGGGUGAGGAGCAAUUGGCAAAGCAAUGUCUUGAGAAGGCGAAGAUUUGGUACAUAGUUAUCACGGGUGCAGAAGUUGGCAUGGAGCAGUUCUUUGCAGGAUCUUCUUGA